CCGUCUCCCGGGCCCGUCCGGAUGGAGCGGGGCGGCCUGUGGGGCCUUUGCUGCCUGGUCCUGCUGGCCCCGGGCCGGGGGGCGAGCCGAGCCCAGGGAGACCCCGAGGACCCCCAGGAUCCCCAGCCGGAGGCGGCGUUGCUGCCCCCAACAGAGGCGUCAUCGUCCGGCGGUGGCGGCGACCGCUGUCGGGGCUACUACGACGUGAUGGGCCAGUGGGACCCCCCGUUCAACUGCAGCUCGGGAGCCUACCACUACUGCUGCGGCACGUGCGGUUACCGCUUCUGCUGCCAGGACAGGCCUCGACGCCUCGACCAGGCCCGCUGCUCCAACUACCACAGCCCCGGCUGGACGCCCACCGGCAGGCCCCCCGCCCGCCCGGACGAGACCCCCGGCCACCCCGCCAGGGACAAGACCAACCUCGCCGUCUACGUGGUCUGCGGCGCCGUGGCCGUCUUGGUGCUGGCCGCCAUCCUCGCCAAGCUGGGCCUGGAGCGGGGCCGGGGCCCCCAGACCGAGAUGACCGUGGCCAGGACCCUCACUGACCUCCUGAAGCAGCCCGGUGCGGGCUCUCCGGACCCCCUGGCAGGCCCCCAGCACAGCAGCGUGAGGGUACAGAUGGGCGAGGGGCUGCCCAGGGGCUCCCCGCGGACCGGCGCAGACGAGUCACACCUGAACAACGCCACCUUGGGCACCGGCCCCGUGCCCCAGCUGGGGCUGGCACCCCCCCACAGCAGCCGGCUACAUAUGGGCAGCAGCGUGACCCUGCAGGCAUCCGGCUACACCAAGUAUGCCACCCUCAAGGCCGUGGACCAAUCCAUCACACGUGUCCCCGCAGAGAGCGCACCGGAGGAGUUCUACAAGCGCUUCCCGACGGUGGACCUGCCGCCGCCGGGCACCCUGCCCUUUCCCCCCCGGCACCCCAAGGACCCGCCCGCGCUGUUGGAUGGCUGCCCCUGGAGAGGGGCCACCACCUCCGGCUCCAGAGUCAAGGCUGGGAGGACCAGGGCCCGGCCCCCGCUGCCCUCCAACCCCGCUUACCGGGGCUGGGAGCAGGGCCGCCCCCGUCUGCAGGGCCGAGCCCCCCGCCCUCACCACGCCCGUCACCCCCACCACCCGCCCCCGGACCCCCGGCCACACGGCUUCGUCCCCCCGAGGCAGGUCAGCAUGGAGAAGCUGCCCGAGGCCUACAGCCAGCUGCCCCCACACUACGGCACUCCCCAGCCGCAUCUCUCCACCAACAGCAAGACGGAAGUCACCGUGUGAGCCGGGAGGGGCCUGCCGACCCCCAUCAUCCUCUAUCACCCCCCACCCCGCCGCAUCACCCCGGGCCUGUGCCCACCCUGGUGCCCGCACGAGAGCAGCGGGACGCGGGGACGCAGGCCAGGCCGUCGAAGGUCAAACUGGCCGCCGGGUCCGGGGGCGAGGUGACGGCAUCCCAUUGGCAAUCGGGUAUCCGGAGAAGGUGGCGGGCCCUCACCUCCCCCCACCCUGGGGACCACCCUCUCUGCCCUAACCAGGCUGGUGCAGAGACCCCAGGCCUGGCUUUGCCACCAGGGCCCAGAGCCAGGUUGGAGGUGGGGGGCCCAAAAAUUGCCCCUCUUGCCGCAUGACGAAGAUCCCUUCCCUGCUCCCCACGCCCCCCACCACCUCCCUUUCCUGUGGCAGCAGCUGCAGGGGGGCUGGGGCUCUGCGCAGCUCCGAAAUUCAGGGGGAGAGAGGGGGAACAAGCCAGGGAGCUGCCAUUUAGCUGGACUGGGGCCGCAGUUAGGACCAUUUUG